AUGAGCCGUACAUUCCCUUUACUUCAUUUAAUAAAGUGCCCCCGUACCCGAGGCAACUAUAACCUCCAUCUCUUCUGUUAUGUAAAGCCCAACUCCUCCGCCAACCGAGUGACUGCUAUGAGCACAAACAGAGUGGAAGUCUCGGUCGCUGCGGCCCCUCGCGACGGAGCAGCAAAUUUUGCUGUGUCGCAAAUCAUUGCCGAUGUGUUUAAAGUCCCUAAAUCUACAGUUGAAGUGAUCCGCGGCGUCAAGGCGCGUGAGAAAACAGUAUGCAUUUCUGAUUUGAUCAUUGACAACCAAGAGACCUUCCUACAACAAGCAACACAAACCCUGAUUGACGCGACCGAGAAAAAGCGCCCCAGAUCUUGA